CUCAUCUUCGUCUUCAGUUCGGAUAACCCAAAAAUCCCUAAAAAAUGUCUGCUCUGAGUCCCUCAUCCUUUCUGCAAAUUCCUCCAUUACAGAGGCUGAAGAACCUCUCAAUUUCCACUUCCUUCCUCCAUGGCUCAGUUCCUCUGUCAUUUCUCUCUAAGCCUUCGCCCUCGCUAUCGGCCUCCCAAACCCCCAAUUUCCUCCCCUCGAUUAAGGCCAUGAGGUCGCUGCAAGGCCGUGUGGUCUGCGCUACCAACGACAAGACCGUCGCCGUCGAGGUCGUGCGAUUGGCGCCUCAUCCGAAAUACAAACGGCGCAUUAGAAUCAAGAAGAAGUACCAGGCGCACGAUCCGGAUAACAAAUUCAAGGUCGGAGACUUUGUGGAGCUUGAAAAAUGCCGGCCGAUCAGCAAGAUGAAGACGUUCCUGGCCAUUCCAGUUCCGGCGAGGAAUUCGAAGCCGAAAGCGGCGGAAGCCGGUGCUGGAGAGCUCGGGAUUCCAUUGGAGUCGCAGGAACAGGUUUAAUCGUAAUCGGUUGUUUUUGGUGAAUCUGAUCUUGUUUGUGCUUGACGAAUGAUUCGUAAUUGUUUUUCUGGAUGCUACAUAGAUGAAACUGAGCCAAGUCGUUCAAAUUUUAGAAUCUUUAUUCGAAUUCUUUUUUGAGCUUUUCAUCUCAGCAA